GAUAUUUCAGUCAGAGCUGCCACCGCAACCUCUAGCCAAGACAGUAGAAAUGCAUCGAAUAUUACAAUUAUCGAUAGUUUUCCAGUUCUACUCCCCAUUUUUAUAAAACGCCAAAUGAAAAUUAAAAAAAACUUCGUACCUUUAAUUUAAUGCAAUAAUAUGUGCAAUUUGAAGCAUGCCGAUUCAGGCGCCCUCAUGGACAGACUUUCUCAACUGUCCCAUCUGCUGCAAUGAGUUCGAAGCCAGCCAGCGUGUGCCAAUCAGCCUGGGCUGCGGGCACACAAUAUGCAAGCCCUGCCUGACCACGCUCUACAAUCGGCAAUGUCCCUACGAUCAGACGCUUAUUGUUACGGAUAUCGACAAUUUGCCGCUUAACUAUGCGCUGCUGCAGCUGGUGGGCAAUGGCAGUGGCGGUACAGGUGGUGGUGGCGCCGCCGAGGAGGAGCUGGCAGAUCUGGCACCAAGUGUGCUAAAGCUGCAGCCGGAACAACUAAAAUGCUACAAGCUGGGCAGAAAAUGCAUCGAAGAAUUGGCCUUGCAUUUAAAAUCGUUUCUAAAUCUGAACAGCAGCAAUUUGCUGACCCGGCCCAUGCAGCGCAAACUGGUCACGCUUGUCAACUGCCAGCUAAUGGAGGAGGAGGGUCGCGUGCGUGCCUUGCGUGCUGCACGUUCCUUGGGCGAACGCACAGUAACCGAACUGAUAUUGCAGCAUCAGAAUCCGCAGCAGCUCAGCUCGAAUCUUUGGGCAGCGGUGCGCACUCGGGGCUGUCAGUUCCUGGGACCCGCCAUGCAAGAGGAGGUACUGAAGCUUGUGUUGCUCGCGCUUGAAGAAGGCUCGGCGCUCUCACGAAAAGUACUGGUCAUGUUUGUGGUGCAACGGCUGGAGCCUCGCUUUCCUCAAGCGUCUAAGACGAGCAUUGGUCAUGUGGUGCAGCUGCUCUAUCGUGCCAGCUGCUUCAAGGUGUCCAAGCGCGAAGCGGACUCCUCGCUGAUGCAGCUAAAGGAGGAGUUUCGCACCUAUGAUGCACUGAGACGCGAACACGAUGCCCAGAUAGUGCAGAUUGCCACCGAGGCGGGACUGCGCAUUGCGCCCGAGCAGUGGUCAUCGCUGCUGUAUGGCGACAUUACGCACAAGUCCCACAUGCAGAGCAUCAUUGACAAGCUGCAGACACCGUCUGCAUUUGCACAGUCAGUGCAGGAGCUGGUCAUUGCGCUGCAGCGCACCAGCGAUCCCGCCAAGUUGGCUCAGUUGCACAAUCAUCUGCAGUAUUUGGCCGGCAUUGAUCCGUGCGCUGAGACAGCUAGCUGGGAGGAUGUAUCCAAGGCGCUGGACGCUGUGAAGCAUGCCGUCAUGGGUCUAGUACAUUUCUUGCAGCAUCACGGCAUACGCAAGCCACAGGAGAGCAGUCUAGCCGGCGGCUCUGCCAACAACAACAACACAAAGUACAAGAUAAGUCUGUGCCGGGACCUGAAUCAUCGACGGGUAUGCCCACGUGGCGCCAGCUGCACAUUUGCCCACUCGCAGGAGGAGGUGGAACGCUAUCGCGCCCGCAAUCGCGGCAAGCAUAUUAAAGCAGCCAUGCCCAUGGCAAUGCCCAGCAUACCACCAGGUGGCAAGAAGCCGCUGCCCCUGGGCAGCGAAGUGCCUGCACACACCGGCCCAAUGAUGCCCAUAUCGCCCAUACGCUAUAUGCAGCCACCAGCACAGCCGACCAGAGGCUUCCUCGAGCCCAAUUGCAGCAUGCCGCCUGCAGCACACAACCUUCCCCCAAGCGGCGUCCAUCCACAAUUGCUGCGCGCACAUCACAGUCCUAUUGGUCGCCAGCAACAGCAGCAGCAGCAGCACGCGGCGCUCAAUGGACUGCGGGUGCCACCGGCACCAGGACGCUAUGAGCAACGUUUUAAUUAUGGCCCGGCGCCGGCUCCGUCGCGCAACAAUGUCACGCGUGAGUAUCCGGGCAAUUCCCCGGCUCCGCCGCCGCAACGCAACCCACCGAACUACAACAACAUCAGCAACAACAACAACAACAAUAUACACAACCACAAGAGCUUCUGCAGCAUACUUCCAACGGAUGUCUAUCAUUCGCCCUACUUUGGCAACGAGGCCACGGGGAACAGCAAAGGCAACGCCGAGUUACCAGCAGCUACAAAACUGGGCCAUCCAGCUGCUGGCGGCAAUCCGUGGGAGCAUACGUAUAUGCCACAAGCAUUGGCAACGCUAGCGCCGCCGUCCAGCAAGUAUCCCAGUCGAGUCAUGUCCACAAUUUUACCCGCAACAGCCGAUACCUCAUUUUAUGAAAAGAAACCGCCGAGUAAUAAUGUUAAUAUUGAUCUGGAUGUGGAGAGUGCAGCACAUGCUGAAUCCAUGCCAUUGUUUAGGCCCAACAACAACAACAACAACAACAGCAGCAGCGGCAACAACAGCAGCAACAGCAGCAGCAACAACAACAACAACAAUAUCUCAUUAAUAUUCUGGAAUAACUCCAACAAAGAUUCGGCCAACUUUGUGCGUUCCGACUCCAUAUUGGAUGACGAUGCAUCAACCUCGGAUGUGCCCACCGGCUCCUCAAUGCACAGCCGCUACGGCCCCAUUUGUCCCAAACGCUCGACGAGUAACUGGCACAACUGGCCCAUGGAGCAUGAUCCAAACAAUAAAAACGAGUUCCUCAGCGACAAGAGCACAACAGCCGGCGAGCUGAACUUUGCAGGGUUUGAGCCGAAGCCAGCCUACAAGCCGGAGCACAAUGACAACCUCAAUGUCAAUGCCAAUAAGAACUCAGCUGGUCGUGAUAGUGUGUACAUUUGGAACAACGAUCUAAAUGCGAACGCAACAAGCCCCUCGAGCAAUUAUUGGAGCAACAGCAGCAACAGCGAGCCAGCAGGGUCCCAUAACGAAAGACUGAAGCAGCUGGAUGGCAAGCCGAUGCUGCUCUCCGAGGACAGUAUGGAGGGUGGCAUCGAUAGCGGCAUGAUGAGCGAGCUGGAAAAGAAUCUAGUUGACAUUGUCGAAGUGUGGUCGAAUCCGGAUGAUAGCGGCAUAAAGCUAGACUAAGGUCAGACUAUGGAUAACAAU